GUCAUUAGAGGACGUUACAACGCGUACUUUUUUAAAUUUUUUCGUUAGUCGUGUUUUUAUUUUAGCUACAUAAACAUUCAUACUUCCUUUAUUCAGUCGAAUAUCUUUCGAUAAGAAGACAAACAUGUUUCGAUUGUCCAGUUUACAUUCUAUCAUUCGUAGACAAUCUUCAAAGCAAGCGAGACGUCGAAAUGUUGCCAUGGUAAGUUUUGUUUAAAAAGAAAGAAAUAACAAACAAUUUAUCUUUUUUUUUCUAGAUUUUGCAUGGUUGUGGUGUUUAUGAUGGUUCAGAGAUACAUGAAGCUACAAGUAUGCUGAUUCACUUGGACAGACAUCGUGUCAAUUUGUCGAUAUUUGCACCAGAUCGUGAUCAGGUCGAUGUUAUCAAUCAUAUGAAUGGUUCAACUAUGAAUGAAAAGAGAAAUGUGUUAAUUGAAUCUGCACGAAUUGCUCGAGGUAAUGUGCACUCACUGGAUGAUUUGAAUGCAUCUCAGUUUGAUGCAUUAUUUAUUCCUGGAGGUUUUGGUGUUGCUAAAAAUUUAUCAAAUUUUGCUUCGCAAAAUGCUUCAUGUACUCUUUUGGCUAAAUUAGAAGAUAUUGUGAAAAAAUUUCAUUCAGAUGGUAAACCGAUGGGCUUUUGUUGUAUUGCUCCUAUCAUUGCUGCUCGAUGUAUUCCUGGUGUGGAAAUUACACUUGGUAAAGAAAGUGAACAAAAGUCUGAUUCUGCUCAUCAGGCAGUCAUAAAAAUGGGAGCUAAUCAUAUUGCAUGUGAUACUACUGAUAUCCACGUAGAUUCAAAGGCAAAAGUUGUCACUACACCAGCCUAUAUGUCUUCAAAGGCUACUAUCUUUGAAGUAUACACUGGUAUUGGUAAAAUGGUUGAUGCUGUACUAUCAAUGUGAAAGAAAUUGUGCAGCUCAUUUCACCCUCUCUUUCGCUCUGUAUACUUUCUAUCGAGAAGGAAAGCGAAGUAUUACUGUUCUCUAUUUUAUCCGGUUAUACACCGUUUUUAUUACACAUUCAACUGCUAUUGAUCAUAAAAAGUCUUUAGUUAGUAAAAUACAGGCUAUCUUUCUUGUGUACAUUCACUCCUUGUCUGCUGGAUGAAA